UUAAAUUCCUUGUAUUGUGACUACAAAAGGCCAACGAUUAUCCUUUGUGAUCAUAAGUUGUUUUUCAAAAAUGAAUUCAAAGUACCCAAUGGUUAACUUAUCAUCCUUCUCUCCUAUUCAUUUCCUCUUUUAUUCUCUUGUUGUAUCUCUCUCUUCCACCGUCAUAUGUGGUGGAAUUGAGACUGAUCAUGAGGCUUUGCUAAAGAUCAAGUCUUUGAUCACUCGAGAUCCAUAUGGAGCUCUAACCUCAUGGAACGAUUCUCUUCAUUUAUGUAAUUGGAGUCAUGUUUAUUGUGGGAAGCGGCAUAGAAGAGUGACUUAUAUAGACUUGUCAUCGCAAGGUCUAGAGGGCUCGUUGUCUCCUCAUGUGGGGAACCUCAGCUUCCUCCGUGGGCUUUCUCUUGGUAACAACAGCUUUCAAGGAGCCAUUCCUCAAGAAGUUGGUCGUCUUUCUAGGCUACGUCAUCUGUUUUUGUACCAAAACAAAUUCAACAAGGUCAUUCCAACUAACUUAACUGGUUGUUUUAACCUUGAAGAGAUUGGUCUUUCCAAUAAUGAGCUAGUUGGAAGCAUACCCAAGGAGAUCAGUUCCCUCACCAAACUUACUUUUCUUUCACUUUUUAAUAAUAAGCUUACAGGUGGAAUCCCAACCAUCUUGGGAAAUAUUACAUCAUUGGAAUUGUUUUCUGUUAGAGGAAAUCCCUUGGGUGGGGGCUUCCCAAACAUCUUAAGCCAAUGGAAGAAUUUAAGAGAGUUUUACGCUAGAGGUUGUAACUUAACCGGAACCAUCCCUCAUGAAAUCGGUCAUCUCUCCAGGUUGACAGUCCUCAGUCUUGCAAAUAACAAGUUCUGUGGGGUAAUUCCAACUAACAUAUCCGGUUGUUCAAACCUUGAACAGCUUUAUCUUUCCGAUAACGAGCUAGUUGGAAGCAUACCCAAGGAGAUCAGUACCCUCACCAAACUUACUGUUCUUUCACUUUUUAAUAAUAAGCUUACAGGUGGAAUCCCAACCAUCUUGGGAAACAAUACAUCAUUGGAAUUGUUUUCUGUUGCUGGAAAUCCGUUGGGUGGGACCAUUCCAGACACCUUAGGCCUCAUGAAAAGUUUAAAAGAAAUUUACUUUGGUGGUUGUAAUUUAUAUGGAACCAUCUCUAAUUCUCUUUAUAACCUUUCACUCCUAGCUAAUAUUAGCUUGUCUGAUAAUCAAUUGACAGGUGGUCUUUAUUCAGCCAUAGGUGCAAGGCUUCCUAAUCUUGUUUUUUUUCAAUUAUGGGGUAACCAACUAAGUGGACCUCUUCCGGCAUCCAUUUCUAAUUGUACGAGUUUAGAACUUCUUGAACUCGGUAAAAACAAGUUUAGUGGACCCUUGAAAGUUGACUUUUCAAAACUAACAAAUAUGUAUAUUAUAAACAUUGAUGGAAACCUCUUUGGAAGCAAAGAAGCAGAUGAAAUGAAGUUUAUUGAUUCUUUGAAAAACUGCACAAGAUUACAGAUGUUGUCUCUUGCUAAAUGCAAGUUUCAAGGAGUUCUCCCUAGAUCAAUAGGUAAUCUUUCUAAUCAACUCCAGGAGUUAUGGUUUGCUGAUAAUCAGUUAUAUGGAAACCUCCCUAGUUCAAUUGGUAAUCUUGUUGGCCUGAAUACGUUGGCAUUAUGUGGAAACCAAUUCACGGGAAACAUCCCUUCAACGAUUGGUAACCUUCAAAACUUAGAAGGCCUUUGUUUAGAUGAAAACCAACUUUCAGGGCAGAUUCCUGAUUCCAUAGGGAACUUGUCAUCGUUGAUAACACUUUAUUUAUCUUCAAACAUGUUAGAAGGGGUUAUUCCAUCAAGUCUAGGAAAUUGUUAUCAUCUAUUAGAGUUGUACCUUAAUGACAAUAAACUUAAUGGGAAAAUACCUAUACGACUUCUUCAACUUUCAAGUCUCUCCAUAACAUUGGAUCUUUCUCGAAACAACCUGUUUGGUUCACUUCCAAUUGAGGUUGGAAACCUCAACAUGUUGACUACUUUGAAUUUAUCUGAUAAUAAUUUUUCUGGUAAGAUUCCUAGUAGCCUUGGUGGCUGUAGUAGCCUAUCACAGUUGUCCCUCAAAGGCAAUUUAUUUCAAGGUAUGAUACCAUUAUCAUUAAAUUCGUUGAAAGGAUUGGUGGUACUCGAUAUUUCUCAUAACAAUUUAUCGGGGCACAUUCCUAGAUUUUUUGAAAAGUUUAAGUUAGAACAUUUGAACUUGUCAUAUAAUGAUUUUGAGGGUGAAGUUCCAAUGGUAGGAGUGUUCGCUAAUGAAAGUGCAUUCUCUGUUUUGGGGAAUAGAAGGCUUUGUGGUGGCAUUAUUGAACUUGGGUUACCCAAAUGCAAGGAGACAAGUAAAUUUACGAAGAAGUUUCAUCUCUAUUUAAUAGUUACAUUGGUCGCAUCCGCACUUUUCACCGCAACAUGUUUAGCAUAUGCUUGGUGUAAGAAGAAAAGAAAGAGCCAUCUUUCACAAUCGUCAACAAGCGAACGACACCUAAAAGUUUCAUACAAUCGACUUCUAAAGGCUACCAAUGGGUUCUCCGAAUCCAAUUUGAUUGGAACUGGUGGUUAUAGUUCUGUUUAUAAAGGAAUCCUUUUUGAAGAUAAUGACACAUUUGUUGCAAUCAAAGUUCUACAUCUUCAAAAUCGUGGAGCUCAAAGAAGCUUUAUGAGGGAAUGUGAAGCAUGGCGGAAUCUUCGACACAGGAAUUUGUUGAAGAUUAUAACUUCAUGUUCAAGUAUUGACUUUCAAGGAAAUCCAUUCAAAGCUUUGGUAUAUGAGUUCAUGCCCAAUGGGAGUUUGCAUGAUUGGUUGCAUUCAAGUCGAAAUACAUCAAGGCUAAACCUUCUUCAAAUGAUAAAAAUUCUUAUGGAUGUAGCAAAUGCACUUGAUUAUAUUCAUAAUCACUGUCUACCAACCAUUAUUCAUGGUGACCUGAAGCCUAGUAACAUUCUACUCGAUAAUGAUAUGGUGGCUCAUGUUGGAGAUUUCGGUUUAGCUCGGUUUCUUGGAACUUCAUACCAAAACAACUCAACUGGGAUUCGCGGUACAAUGGGUUACAUUGCUCCAGAGUAUGGUCUCGGGAGUGAGAUGACAAGUAAUGGGGAUAUCUACAGUUUUGGAAUACUAGUUCUAGAGGCGAUGACCGGGAAACACCCAACUGAUGACAUCUUUAAUGAAGACCUUAGCCUUCAUAAAUUUGCUUCAAUGGCCUUGCUAGACAAUGUAAUUGAUAUCAUUGAUGUUACCAUUCUAAACCUGUAUCAAGAGCAAAGAAUUGUUCUGCAAAAUAAUGAAGAAAAUGCCAAGAAAAUAGAGGAAUGUUUGACUCUAACAAUUAAGAUUGGAGUAGCAUGCUCUGUGGAUUCCCCAACACAAAGGAUGGAUGUCAAAAUGGUUGUGCGUGAAUUGCAGCGGAUUCUCGAUACACUUGAAAAUAUUUGAGGUAACAAUAAUGAGUGAAGUUUAGCACGACUGAGCUCUAGAAAGUGACUUGAAUCGAAACUUAUGUGCAUUGAAUGUUUAUUUAUCUGUAAGACACUUGUUUUAUUUGGGAUUAUGUUUGGUUUGUUUUGGUUUGAAGACAAGUACUGCUUACCCUUUGGUGUCGACCUAUGUCGCGACAUAUUUUAUUGAGAUGCAUUUUAGUAUUUUCUUUUGUAUU